CGAUUUAAGCAAUCAAUGAUGGUGCAUUUUGUGUAAAUUCACAAUGAAUGAUUGUUAAAACUCACAUUGAAUGGUUGUGCGUUUUCUCAUCCAAUGGUGGUUUUUUACCGUUAUACGCUGUUUAUUUAUGCAUGUAUAUGGACCUUUUAGCAAUCGUACAUUGCAUUAUUAUUCGCACAGAUGCAUCCCUUUUACAAAUACACACUUGAUAUUCAACACUAGUUUAUUAAUUGUUUACAUGGAUAUUGUGAUAAUUAUGGGUCAAGAAAUAAAAUGAA